UACUCCUAGUCAAUCUGCCCUGCCACCUGCGUAGCAUCGCCGCAGCCUGUCGCCUUGGCAGCACGGAAGGAGGGCAAAUUGAUUGCUAGCACCCUUGAAGCCUGCGAUCUGUCCAUUUUCAACAAUUGCAAACGCUACAACUUCCUUCAAAAAGUGCUUUGUUGCUGUUGCCGAGUUUGCGCAUACUUCCCUCUUGUCCGCAGCGAUUUUCUAUCCACACCGCCAUCAUGAAUAUGCUAAACCCCCAAAUCACCAACUUGGUGAUCAUCCUCGGGAUGAUGCAAGUCUCCAAGCGAGUACCCUUUGAAGACCCUCAAGUCCUUCUGGGAGUUCGAAUUCUAUACGUUGUGUCGAACCUGAUCAUCUUCGGUCUCUAUUACUUUAUCAGUCUGAAGAUAAAAGCAAAAAAAGAUUUUACCACGUUGAAAUAUGUCGAGCCUUCGCCCAUGGGGUCUGGGGAGGAGCCUAAGCUCGUCACUACGACCAUUCAAGAGUACGACCAGCAACAGGUGAUGUCUGCGUACAAGGGCCAGUUGAUGGGUGUCGCCAUGAUGGGAUUCAUGCACAUAUACCUCAAGUACACCAAUCCUCUUCUCAUCCAGUCCAUCAUCCCGGUCAAAGGCGCUUUCGAGAGCAACUUGUUCAAGGUCCACAUCCUCGGAAAGCCGGCGGCGGGUGAGCUUAAGAGACCAUGGAAAGCUUCUGGCGGUAUGAUGGGCAUGGGCCAGGGCGAGACGAAGACCGACAAGGCUAGCAUUGAAGCUGCUGAGCGAUCUGGCCGUGGCGGAGCCAAGGAAGAGUAAAGCAGCUGGUUACGAGGACAGGCACGAGACUUGGAAAAGCGCUGCACAAAGCUAUAUGUGGUUACAUCGUCUGCGAAAAGUAGAUGAUACUUGCAUCUAUGAUGUUGAUUUGCUACGAAUGUGAUAUGCGUGUCCUUCCUGUUGGAUGCCUGUGUAUGAGGACGGUGUGAUAUUACAUAUCAAAUGAGGGUCUCGUGCUGGUAAAGGGGCGAUUUUGGACAAAAACCGCGCAGCCCUAGGAACGAAUGGCAUCUCCUCGGCUUAAUAAGAUAACUCGAGUGAGUCGUGAGCGUUUAAUAGAUAAUGAGAAAGCGAUUGGCGGAUUGAUUGACCUCUUGCUGCUUUGACGGGGAACAAAGCCAUGAGAUAAGCAGCUGCACGUUGAGUCAUGGGAUUGGGAUUAUUGAAUCCAAUUGUUGGGAGCAACUAUAAAGCCUGAGGAGACUGUCUUCUACAGGUUUUG